AUGAUUUAUGCCAAAACUUUGACAGAAAUGGAAAGUUUGGUUAAAAAAAGGGGAGUUUAUCUUUAAUUAUAUAUUUAAAAUAUUAUAAAUUUUAAAACUCCUUUCUGCUAUACUACAAUUACUAUUCUAGCAUUAUUACAAAUAUGUCAAAAUGUGGGAGCCAUCCAGUUUAACUGAAAAAAAGUUCAAUGCAGAGACACAUCGGCUCGUUGGAGAAACGCAGUUGCACGAAUUUGGAGAGUUUAUUAAAAAGUUUACUCACGAAACGAAAGAAACUCAAAAGAAGUUUAAUAAUAUUUUUAAUAUCUCGUCCAAGCCUAUUUUUUUAAGUGAGGAAGUUAAUGAAAGCAUUUCAAUUCUUCAUCUUUCUCAUUCAGACAAUAAAACACUAUCAAAAAUAUUAUGUACGUUGGGUGCUAUCUGCCAAGAAAUUGAAUUACUAAAAGGGGAAGCCAAAGAUUUGUAUCAACCAUUCAUUAUUUAUGUAGAAGAUAAAGAUGAAAACUUGGAAACAAUUAGCAACAUUAUUGAACCCUUGCUGAAAAUUCAAAAUUUUGUUAACCGGUCAAACCAGGUUAUUAAUUUAGUUCUAAAACAGCUUAGUAGCAUAUUAAAAAAGGGCUUUUACAUAUCCAAUACUGCCCCUAGUUUUGUUGAAGUAUUAAGUCUAUUUGCUGAUUUAUUAAUAUGUUUAUUAAAGUUUACCACUAUUUUGGAUCAACAAGUUUUUAAGGAAAAAUGGCUAUACUAUAGGCGAAUUUUGCGUAAUAUGCUGCAUAAUAAUAAGUAUAAUUUUAAUGUAGAGGAACUAAGAUCAUUAGAUAAAACUCUAGCAGUAUUAGAAUCAACCUUACUUUCAGGAACAAUAUUAAAAGACUCCAUAGACAAGUGCCUAGAAAGUAAAUUAAUAUUAGAUAUAAAGAAUUCUAGUUUAAAUUUGGAAUUUCAGAAUUUUAUAUUAUAUAGAAUUAAUGAACUUGAAAAAGAAGAGGAUAUUAGAUAUGAAGAAAUGUGGUUGCAACUGAAUGUUAUAAUGGCGUUUUUCUGCAACAUAUUUGGUAACAAUGACAAGAAAAUUAUUAAAAGACUGUUAGACUUAAAUAAAAAAAUAUCAGCUUGCCCUUUAAUAGGACAUAUUAUGUGGUAUCCAGAGCAAUUUUUAUUGAAACAUGUACAAUCAAUGGCAAAAUAUUUAGAUGAAAAAAAUAUUGAGAGUUAUAGACUGAACUAUAUUAAUACAACUGUCCAAAACUUUCCCAAGGACACUAACUUUUUUUGCUUACAGGCCUGCUAUUUUUUAAUAGAUUUAGAGAAGAAAAUUAAAAUCAAUACAACUACACUAAAGCAGACACAAUUGCAAGAUAUUAGUAUAUUAUUUUUCGAUAUACUUAAGGUAUUGAAGCAAAUAAAUUAUGCUGUAACAUGGACAAUGAACAUACAUGUUGAUAAAAUGCUUCCUAUAACUAAAACCAUUCUCACAUGUGUCUCGCAUUUAAUUGAAGUACUGAAAAGUGUUUAUUUAGCUUUCAGAAAAAACAUGCUAUUAGUAUGUUAUUUAAUUCUAUUAAUUUCACAACAGUUACAACAUAAAGCCUUGUCAAUUUUAGUUAGCUUAAAGAGAAAUCAAACACAAGAUAAGUCAUAUAAAAAUUUACAACUGGACAUAAUAUCUGCUCUGAACGUUUGUGAAAAUGCUUUGAAAGGGCCUAAUACAAAAUGGAGAAUACUAACAGUGAAUUUAGCACUCUCAGCCAGUGGUUUAAGUGCAACCAGUUUGUCAGAUAUAAGACAAGUAUUGGUGGAAUUAGAUAUAAUUUCAAGAUAUACAACAUUAAUUGAACAAUUUUGUAACUGUUCAUUUCUUUACUGGCAUUUCAAUUACAUGCUCCCUGUGUAUUGUACCAAAUUACUAUCUUCCAAACCUAAUAUCGCAAGACAUUCAUUAAUGUUGGAGGCAUUGAGUGAUUCUGAAAUUCCAGACGGUGUCAUUAACGUUAUUUUAACAAGUCGCUUGUAUAAUCCUGUAAAUCAAAGGAUAGAAACUAACUUAAGAUUGCAAACUCAUUUACAUUUACAAUUACCGCCAAGUGAUCCAUUUCAAAAUUACUCUGCUAUGAAUUUUCAAAAAUAUAUGCUCGCACCCUUGAAUGAUUAUUAUAAAAGCAUUAAAAAUGAGACAGAGCAUUAUUUAAGUACAAUGUUUUACAAUUUAACCACUGUGGUAUUGCAUGAUUGGAAAACUUAUGGAGAGAUGAGAAAGCUUGCUAAUUUUCAGUAUGGUUUGGAGACAGUGGAUGAUGAUUUACCGAUGCAAACUCUCGAUCAAGGACUGGAUGUUCUUGAAAUAAUGCGAAAUAUCAACGUGUUUGUUCAAAAAUACCUUUACAAUUUAAAUACCCAAGUAUUUAUUGAAGAAUCCAGUAACAAUAAACACCUUAAUUCAAUCAAUAUAUCGCACGUGGCUAACUCAAUUCGAACGCAUGGUAUAGGAAUUAUGAAUACGACAGUGAACUACACCUAUCAAUUUUUAAAGAACAAAUUUCGCAUGUUCUCACAAUUUCUUUUUGAUGAACAGAUUAAGUCUCGUUUGCUAAAAGAUUUGCGAUAUUUUCUUGAUCAUAAAGAUGAGUUCAAUCAGAUGUAUCCAUAUGAGCAAGCGGACAAAUUUAAUACUGGAAUUAGAAAACUGGGAACCCCAGAUGGAGAAAGCUAUUUGGAUUUAUUUAGGAAAGUUAUAACACACAUAGGCAGUGCAAUGGGAUAUGUAAGAUUAGUAAGAUCUGGUGGUAACAGAUGCCUUGCUGAAGGUACUUGCUUUAUUCCCGAUCUGACUCGAGUGAAAGAGUUAAAAGAAAUGGUGGAGAAUGAAAACCUAUCUGAUAUGUCUAAAGAAGCAGUUGAUUUUUUGAUUAAUAAUUUGGAGGGUUUGACAGGAAAUUUUGAAAAUACGACAGAGUAUUUUCAACUCUUGGUAAAAGGUUACGCGCCUCACUUUCGCAAUCCUAACAACAUCCACUUAAAAAAUUUCUACGUUAUUGUACCAGCCCUGACCAUUAAUUUUGUCGAACAUUUGCUUUCUUGUAAAGAAAGAUUAUUUAAGAAGAAUCAAGCCAACGAUGCCUUUACUGAUGACGGAUUUGCUUUAGGUUUAGCUUAUAUCAUAGAAUUGCUCGACCAAGAAAAUCGACUAAAUUCACUGCACUGGUUUGAAUCUGUCCAAAGAAAAUUCAACAAAGAGUUGCUUUUAGUGAAAGAACAAAUUUCUUCUUCCAACAAUGAUGACAACAAAUUAAAACAAACUCUUAGUUUAACCGAAAAAAGAAUAAAUUCAUUUAAAAAAGAAUUUAAAUUAUUGGAAUACAGCUACAGCAGCGCAAGAUUAUUUUUUCAAACUUAAUUUAUCACAAGUUAUAUUUAUCGUUUAUCUGCUUUUAUGUUAUAGCAUCUAAUAAUUAUGUUAUUUGUUAUUAUAAAUAAUUUUAUUAACAUUCCAAUUAUUGGUGGAAUAUAAAUAUUUAUUUACGUUCAAUAAAAAAUGACUAAU